UAAAAAAAGGUCAAUGUUCCUCCACUAUCCCACUUAGGUAAAUGCAGAUGAGCACGAGUUGGUUUGUGAAAUCUCUAUCCCAAUACCAGCAUGUUUUUAGAGAAAAAAAAGGACAUAUUCACAUAGUGCUAUCUAAACCAGUGAGUGGAACAAUUCUUCAAUCCAGUAUUUAUCUUUUACAGAUAUUAAGAUGAGCACAGAUGGUGUGGAACACUCAGAGGCCCACCAUGAACAAGCAGACAUUGAACAAAGACAAAUUAAAACAGAGAACCUCAACGACUCUCUCCAUGCACACAAAACAUGUCACCCGGCACAAGGAUCCCCAAUACCUGGAGUCCAGGCAAGCCAGCUGUCAGUGGAGCUCCCCUCCCUCCACACCAUGCCACAGCUGGUGCUUAUGUCAGGCUCUCACCACCUCUCAUCCCCCUCCUCCUUCCUCCUCUCUCAGACACAACAUACGGGGCAUCAAGCACUUCUGCAGCAGAACCUGCACAACCUUCCCACCCAGAGCCAGUCAGGUCUCCUCCAGCAUCAGCCUGGGUUAGCACUAACACCUCAGGCCAUGAGUCGGUCGGGCCUGACGUCGUCGUCCAUGGAAGGACACGUGGACAUGUCCCACCUGCAGGUCCCCAAACACAUCGGGGCCCCCCAGCAGGACGAUCCCAGCGACCUAGAGGAGCUGGAACAGUUUGCCAAGGCCUUCAAACAGAGACGCAUCAAACUGGGGUUCACCCAGGGUGAUGUAGGCCUGGAUAUGGGGAAACUGUAUGGGAAUGACUUCAGUCAGACUACCAUCUCCCGCUUCGAGGCACUCAACCUGAGCUUCAAAAAUAUGUGCAAGUUGAAGCCGCUACUGGAGAAAUGGCUGAGCGACGCAGAGAAUUCUCCCUCUGACUCUAUGGCCAACGUUGCCUCUCUACCCCCCCUGAUGGAAGGCUAUGGAAGGAAAAGGAAAAAGAGAACAAGCAUUGAAACCAACAUCAAGUUCACCCUGGAGAAACGCUUCCAUGACAACCCCAAGCCUAACUCGGAGGAGAUCACGCUGAUCUCAGAGCAGCUGUCUAUGGAGAAGGAGGUGGUACGGGUGUGGUUCUGUAACCGCAGACAGAAGGAAAAGAGGAUCUACUGCCCUGUGUCCCCCUCACCCAUGAAAUCACAGAACUUCAACCCCAGAAUGCCUUCAUGUAACACCCUGUUUCAGGCCUCCACGUCCAGAUCAUACAGCCCUCUUGCUUCAGGAGGAGUGUCACCGAGUCCCUCUCCUAAUAGUCCUAGUCAUGGGCCUUCGCUCGGCACACUCUCGUCUGGCUCCCCUGCUUUGACCUCCCAGGUCAACCAAUCCUUCAGCUCACCAGGGUCGUGGUAUCGCACAUGGAACCCUAUGCCUUAUCACCACUGAGAAAUCCUGCCUGUUGCGGAAGAGAACUAAAACUACCGAUGUCAAAGAAGGGAAACAGAAAUGGAUACAAUCCAUCAAACACACCUACUGUCAAAUGUCAUAUACAAUACUUGGUCCCGCUUUAAAUUAUGUUCAAAUUAUAGAAGCUUCAUGAUGCCUUCAUAAGCACUACAUAAAUGUGUUGCAAAGUAUCUUUAAUUGUAUUUCAUGGUUUAUAAAGGGUUCAUAAAUGUGGCCUAACUAUGUGACAUAAUCACCAAUGUCAACUGCCAUAACCCGCUAUGUCGAAUGUGAUGUAAACAUGUGCUUUAUAAAAGGGUGACAUGUUGUGCUGAAGCAUGGCAUAAGGCUCUAAAGUGAUGUCAUGUUAGUCACAUUACUCCUAACCUCAAACACUUCUGCCCAAAUGCGCAGAAGGUCUGGUGGACCAACAAAUUAAACUUGGCCUUCAUAAGUUAGGGCUAGGUUUAAAAUCACAUUUUUGUUCUGCGAAGGGAGUAGUACACAGCGUUGUACGAGAUCUUCAGUUUCUUGGCAAUUUAUCGUAUGGAAUAGCCUUCAUUUCUCAGAACAAGAAUAGACUGACGAGUUUCAGAAGAAAGGACUUUGUUUCUGGCCAUUUUGAGCCUGUAAUCAAACCCACAAAUGCUGAUGCUCCAGAUACUCAACUAGUCUAAAGAAAGACAGCUGUGCUAACAUAAUUGCAAAAGUGUUUUCUAAUGAGCAAUUAUCCUUUUAAAAUGAUUAACUUUGAUUAGCAAACACAAUGUGCCAUUGGAACACAGGAGUGAUGGUUGCUGAUGGGCCUGUUUACGCCUAUGUAGAUAUUCCAUAUUUUUCCAUCUACCAUUUCCAGCUACAAUAGUCAUUUACAACAUUAACAAUGUCUACAUUGUAUUUCUGAUCAAUUUGAUGUUAUUUUAAUGAACCAAAAAUGUUAGAUUUUUUUUUCAAAAACAAGGACAUUUCUAAAUGACCCCAAACUUUUGAACGGUAGUGUGUGUGCUUACGGCACUACAGAACAUCUGCUCACCAAACAACAGUGCAGGGCUCACUGAAAAAAAGGGCAACUACACACACAAAAAAACAAAAUUUCUUAGAUUGUUCCUAGACCUCAAAAGUCGUCCCCUGAUGUGGUUUAAGCAUUGUUGUGAACACAUAUUUCUUUUCGUUUUUCUAUUUGAAAAAAGUGUUUAAAAAAAACCCUGGGAUAAACUAGAAAAAAAAUGGGCGAAAUCCGAAACCUGGAAAAACAAAACGGUAUUCGAGUUAAAGACUGAAGUAGGCAAACAUUUAUAAAUGGCCUUUAUUAAAUAAAGGUAAAAAAUAAAUUAAAAUGUAUUUGACCACCGGAAAACGCAUGUCGCCUAUACAGUUGUAUAUGUUGGAUUCAGUUGAGCUGCCCAUGUACACUGUUUUGUUUAGUAACACUUUACUUGACACCCAGCGUCAUAACAAGUUAUGACACAGUCAUAACCAUAUCGUAAUAUGUCAUAACACCUGUCAUAACAUGGUCUUAACACUGUCAUGACCCAUAUAUUUACACCUGUUGUGGGAUGUUAUUUUAUGGCUGGUUAUAACACCUAUUCAAAUGUUUUGUCCCUGCCAAGAAGUUUCCUUUCAUUAGAAAGUUUGUCCUUAGUCCUUUAUUUUUGUUAUGAAUUCUUUACAGUCAUGUUUCCCCCCCAUCUUAUUUUAAAUAACUAUUUUAAAUAAUUUUCUACUAACUUGUAGAAAAUAUACUUUUUGACACAGUCAUAAACCAUUAUAAUCACCCUGUGUCACAUGGACUAAGAAAAUACACUUAUGACACUGUCAAGAAACAUUAUGACUAUACUGUGUCACGUUACUUGGACUAAGAAAAUACACUUAUGACACUGUCAAAAAACAUUAUGACCAUCAUAAUCAUAUAAGCAAGAUUAUUGGGGCGGCAGGGUAGCCUAGUGGUUAGAGCAUUGGACUAGUAACUGAAAGGUUGCAAGUUCAAAUCCCCGAGCUGACAAGGUACAAAUCUGUCGUUCUGCCCCUGAACAGGCAGUUAACCCACUGUUCCUAGGCCGUCAUUGAAAAUAAGAAUUUGUUCUUAACUGACUUGCGUAGUAAAAUAAAGGUUAAAAAAAAUCCCAGUCAUUAGAAACAGAGCAUUGGGGUAGGUGCAUGUUUGACAUCAAUGUGUGCACAGUUACAAUGCUAAUUUAAUAUGGUACAUUUCAGAAAAUGUUAUAUAACACAAACAAGUAGGCUAUAGUAUAAUGCAAUAUGUUUUGUGUGGUAGUUUUGUGGGUUUUGACACUCUUAUGUAGGUGUCAUAAACAGCCAUAAAAGAACGUAAUAUAUUUCACAACAGGUCUACAUUUAUGUCAUGACAGUGUUGUGAUCCUAUUAUGACAAGUUAUGUCAGCUGUUAUGACAUAUCAUGACAUGGUUAUGAUCAUGUCAUCAUGUGUUAUGACCCUGGGCGUCAAGUAAAGUGUUAUCGUAUUGGGUACAGUGAGGUUAAUUUGGAUAUUUUCUUUGUUAUUCAUCAGGGGUUCAGGUGUGACAAUAAUUGUGUGAAGGUGUACAUAGUAAAAGACAGCAAUCUUACAUAAUAAUGUUGUCUAUUGUUUGUAUUUGUAUAUAUAAUGUUUGCAAAUAUAUUUAGGUUGUGAAAUUAUUAUAUAUUAUAGAGGGGCCAGAACUUUAGAAAAAUGAAAUGAUUAACAUUAAAAAAAAAUCAGCACUAGUAUUUUUUAAGGAAUGUUUCAGAAGUGCAUCACACUUCAAUUCAUACAUUGUUACAGUUUAUUACUUUCAUUAAACACACUUUGUUACAUUGUA